CAUUGAACUCUCAUUCAAACUUAUUCAACUAGUAUCAAACAAAAUUAAGUACAAUGGCUUUGUUUCCAAGUAACAUUGAAAAGGUGUUUUCUUUUGUGUUAAUGAUCCUCACUACUUCCUUUCUCUUGCUAGAAGGUGAACAAGUGAACUCACAAAAAACAGUUUCGUUCGACUUCCCUAAGUUCAGCGUUGGUCAAUCAGAUGUAACCCUUCAAGGGAAUGCAGCGAUUUACGCCACUGGGACCUUGGCACUGACCAACCCUACAGACCCUAAUUGGACUGCAGGUCGUGUCUUGUAUUCAACACCGGUUCCCAUUUGGGACAAAACAACUGGAAAUGUCGCUAGCUUUGUCACUUCCUUCUCUUUUGUCUUGGAGGACUACGAUAGUUUUUUACCAGCGGAUGGAAUUAUCUUCUUUCUUGCACCAACGAAUACUGUAAUUCCUAACAACGGAACCGGUGGAGAUUUGGGAGUAGUCGAUGGGAAUACCGCUUUCAAUCGAUUUGUUGGUGUUGAAUUUGACAACUAUGUCAAUGAAUGGGAUCCUGAGUCUCCACAUAUUGGAAUCGAUGUUAACUCUUUAAUUUCAUCCAAGACAGCGAUAUGGAACCCAGUGAGCGGGUCACUAGUCAAAGUAAGCAUCAUAUAUGAUUCUCUCUCGAAGACUUUGAGUGUUGCUACUACCGACAAGGAUGGUCAAAUUACUACAGUUUCUCAAGUUGUUGAUUUAAAAGAUGUGCUCCCAGAAAGUGUUAACAUUGGGCUAUCUGCUUCCACGUCACUAUAUGCCCGUCAACUUCACAACAUUCAUUCAUGGUCUUUCACUUCUUUUUUGAAUACAGCUACUAUAAGCAGCAGUUCCUCAAAAACCAUAUAUAUUGCAUGAUAUGGUUUGGCUUCUUGUAUGCAUGUGUCGUGCCGUGUAGCUUUAUUGUCAUAAAUAGAGUUUUCUAAUUAAAGUUGACAACGCUCUAUGUAGCUUGUGUUAACACUGUUUCCCUUCUUAAUAAAGACCAUGCUUGUACCAUGUUUAUUUGAA